AAUAAUCAACAUAUUAUAUCUCUUAUCAUCGAUCCAAACAAUUACGUAAAAAAUAAUGGCAGCUCAAAGCAGCUCUUAUAUUCCUUUGAUCAUCAUCGUUGCAUUUUGUUGGUUCAUUAGCAACUCUAAUGGUCGAUUAUUGUCGGAGAAAUUAACGUGGAAACGACUUAUAACCGUGGAUCAGUCAGGGGAAGGCAAUUUCAUAACAGUGCAAGAUGCAAUCGAUUCAGUUCCUUCUAACAAUGUAGACGUUACUCUUAUUUUAAUUAAGCCUGGAAUGUACAAGGAAAAAGUUACCGUGCCUGAAGAUAAGCCCUUCAUAAUACUUACUGGAAGAAAUGCCGAAAAUACUACUAUUACAUGGGAUGAUAGUGGAGAUAUUUACACGUCUCCUACUCUCUCUGUCUUUGCUUCUGAUUUUACUGCUCGAUACCUCACUAUCCAGAAUACAUAUGGGGCGGGUGCAAAAGCCGUGGCAUUGAGGGUUUCAAGCGAAAGGGCAGAAUUCUACGCAUGUAGAAUAACUUCAUAUCAAGACACACUUUUAGACGAGGGAGGAAGCCAUUUUUAUAGCAAUUGUUAUAUUCAAGGAGGGACUGAUUUCAUUUGUGGCAAUGCAGCCUCUCUAUUCCAAAAAUGUCAUAUACAUUCGAUAUCAGAUGGAAAUGGAGCAAUAACGGCACAACGAAGGAUGAAACCAGAAGAAGACACGGGAUUUUAUUUCACGGAUUGUAGGGUUACCGGAAUCAAAAGUUGUACAUUGGGAAGGCCAUGGGGACCUUACUCUAGAGUUGUGUUCGUCAACAGUUACAUGUCUAAUGUUGUAAACCCUUAUGGCUGGGAUGAUUGGGGAAAACCUUCCACACAUAGUUCAGUGUAUUAUGGUGAACACAAAUGUUAUGGGCCAGGAGCAACAAGAUCUAAAAGAGUUGAGUGGUCGCAAAGCCUCACAAAUCAAGAAGCCGCUACCAUUUUUACUAAGACGACCAUGAUUAGUGCCAAAUCAUGGAUAAUCAAGCCCUAAUUAAGCACUUGUUGGGAGCGAAUGAGUCAAAUAGGCAGCAGUAUAAAUUACAAAUAGAAAGAGGACUCGAAUUUGUGACCAAUCAUACACAUGUUCUCGUCUUAAUUAACCACUAGAUCAAGACAUUAUUGAUUUUAUAACUUAAGACAUUUUUUUUUUUUUUGGCGCGAAAAUCUUCUUUUGUUUGUUUAGGGUUGUACAUACAGCACUGUACAUGAUACUUCUGUGUAUAAAAUGUUGUAAUUGAAAAUUUGAAUAGAAUUAUAUUAUA